AUGAGCUUCUGGGGCCAGCUUGACGAAGUCAUUCGGAGAGUGACGAAGCAGGAACCUGUAGUCUCCGUAGGCAGAUCUGGAGCGUUGAACCCAAGCCGCCAAGGGGGAUUUAGUGGCCAAGUCCAUGGUCAUGAGUUGCCUGUCACGAGGAAUACGCUUGACCCGACCUUGGUCGAGGAGUAUGACAUAACUCCAGUACGCGUGCUCGAGUUGUGGAAUGAUGGAGAACGCCAAUUGGCGGCGCUCAACUACAAGGGAUGGCAUAUUCAUCCCGACCACUUUGACAUCGUCGCGAAAGACACUGCCAAACGCCUUGCCAAACGCCCUUUGUAUUCCGAAGAACGCAUAUUCAGUGCUAUAUCCAUCAAGAAACUCCAGAAGCAGGCCUUCGAUCAGAACGAGCUGCAUAACCGUGAUGCUACCGUGGACAUGGGUGACGAAGCAGAUGCUCCCGGCUCGCCUGUCGAAGACAUCCCGCGACCGGUUGAAGCGACCAAGGGGGUCUAUUUGGACCUCACAGAUGGGAUCAAUGGAAGACUCAACGAGAAGCAACCCUGCAAUAUGUCCGGCCUAUACGGCAGUUUUACUACCGUGGCGGAUGUGGAUGACGACUCCCACUCGUCGCCGAACCGCAGUCUCGAUGGCGAAGUAGAUGCUGCUGACUCAGCAUCGGACUGCAAUCUCGAUUGCGAAGUAGAUGCUCUCGGAUCGCCGGUCUCAGAGAUCCCGCAACCGGUCCAAGCGACCAAGGGGGUCUGUUUGGACCCUAUGGAUGGGUCCAACCAAUCAGACGAUCGCGCUGGUGGUGCAAUGGCUCUCACCGCAGACUCGAACCGGCCCGCACUGCCUUCUUCCCCUCUUCGAAGCCUGAGGACCCGUCAUCGCGACAAAGCUGCCGGGGUGACACUUCAGGAAGAGCGGUCCAGCGGAGGCUCUAUUGGAGGAAAAGUGCCAAAGAAGCGAAAAGGAGAUGGUGUCGAGAGCUAUGGACAAAAGGAUGCACACAAGUUGAGGAAGGUGGCAGAGUGA